UCUUAGAUCACUGUGAGUGUGAAAGAAUCUGCCUUUUUAUCUGGACAGACAUGAAAAAUUCUCUAUUUUAUGGUAAAUUUGAGUAACCCAUGGCCACAAGUAAAGUGGAAAGUAAAUCGGGGACAACCCAUGUAAGUUUUGUGUGCCAGAGAUGUCGUCAACCUCUCAAACUUGACCACAGUUUUAAUACGUUAGAUCGACAAUUGCUUGCUGAACUUGCAGCACCUUUCACUGCUGUGCAUACCAAUGAAGAUGAGCUGGAUAUUAUCUCAAAACCUGUAUCGGAAGAAGUUAAAGUGGAUGAAAACUAUUCAAAAAGAGACAUAACAAGUACAUCUCAACAAGAUGAAGAUGCUGGUGAUUUCCUCCUUUUGGGGGAAACAAGCCCCGGGAACAUGGACAAUCUUAGUCACAGAAUACGGGUUUCCAGUGCACUGUUUGAUGUCAUGUCAGGUCAGUCAGAGAUUGAUCAUCCACUUUGUGAGGAGUGUACAGACAACCUGCUGGAUCAGUUAGAUAACCAGUUAAAGAUCACAGAGGAUGAAUGUAAAGAUUACAGAGAAUUUCUUGAAAAUUUGGAUAACUUAAGCACUGAAAAGGAUGAUACUAAUUUGGAUGAAGAGUUAAAACAGCUUCAAGCAGAGGAACAGUCUCUGAGGCAGCAGUUAGAGAGCUUAGAGAGAGAACAGCAGCAGACGGAGGCCAUACUAGAGAAGGAAAGAGAGAUCAGUCAUAAACUGGAGGAGGAGGAGGACAGGUAUUGGAAAGAAUACAAUGAGUAUAAAAGACAGGUGCAGGAACUCGAAGAUGAACAAAGAAGUGUUGACAACCAACUAAAAUAUGCACAGACACAACUGGACAAGUUAAAGAAAACCAAUGUGUUCAAUACCACCUUCCAUAUAUGGCAUAGUGGUCAUUUUGGGACCAUUAAUAAUUUCCGUCUUGGAAGGCUACCUAGUGUUCCUGUUGACUGGAAUGAAAUAAAUGCUGCCUGGGGUCAGACAGUCUUACUUUUGAAUUCACUGGCUAAAAAAAUGAAUUUAAUAUUCCAAAGGUACCGGUUAGUUCCAUAUGGGAACCACUCAUACCUAGAGUCUUUAUCAGACAAAUCUAAAGAGCUGCCAUUGUAUGGAUCGGGUGGCUUUAGGUUCUUCUGGGACACAAAAUUUGAUCAAGCUAUGGUAGCCUUCUUAGACUGCUUACAACAGUUUAAGGAAGAGGUAGAGAAGGGGGACACAGGGUUUUGUUUACCAUACAAGAUGGAGAAAGGGAAAAUAGAGGAUAGCAGCACAGGGACAUCAUACUCAAUCAAAAUUCAGUUCAACUCUGAAGAACAGUGGACUAAAGCUCUUAAGUACAUGUUAACAAACUUGAAGUGGGGCCUGGCAUGGGUGUCUUCACAGUUUGCCAACAAGUGAUAAUCAGCUGUGAUAUUUCUUGACUUUUUUGAUAUUGUAUAUUUAUUGAAUUUAUUCAAAAACAAAGAAUGAGAUAAAUAAUAAAACCAAUUCUGAAAACUUUAA